CUGUUACCGGCUCGCGCUCUGAGAUUCUUCUAGGUAUGCGAGACAGCGAAAAAUCAACGCUUGCCUCAUGUCGAACUACUGUGCUUUCGCGAUCUUGCUAGCCAAGGACUGACAACGAUGCAGCAACUCAACUUUCCUCCUUUCCUUGCUUACCUUCUUCCUCUCUCUCAUUUCGCUCCAUCGAAAGUCGGGCAGAAUGGGGGGUCGCAAGUGCAAUUUCUGUCGCGUGGGGUUCCAGAGCGAAGCUCUCUUAGAGGCUCAUGUUCAGAACGCUCACAAGACAGCUUUCCCUUGCCCUUUCAUGGGUUGCAAAGAGACCUUCGCGAGUAGGACGGAUAAGGAAGAGCAUUAUUGCAACCAUUUUCCACCCACUGCUUCACCGCAGCCUACCCAGCAGCGAUCAGGUCCAGCUCGACAGGCUUCCAACGCCAAAGUCGCUCCCGCGCAGUACCAGGCAAAUACGAAUGGCUCCCGCUUCCCUACAAAGGGUACUUCAGGACAGCCUCAGCAGCGACCAGGACCGGCCCGUUCCGGCUUUCCCGAAACUGGAUUCGCGCGUAGAAACUCACCUGCCACUAUCUCGCCUCUACGGACGUCAGCGUCAAGCAGUUCUCUGCCGAGACCGGAUACAUCCAGCAGCGCGACAGUCACCAGUCACGAGGCUGAUUUGUUCCACUGCGCCAUGUGUCCGCAAACCUUUCUGAAUAGGCCAGACCUGAAUUUGCACAUGUCAAGCCAUAUCGCCCCUCUGGCCCAGCACUGCGAGGAAUGCAACUCGUCCUUCCCCUCAAUUGAGGAAUUCAAUAAGCACAAGCAAUCAAGGGGCAACUGUUCACUUGCCGAUAAACAAGAGUACAAAUGUUUGGAGUGUGGGAAGUUACAUGAGACGCUGGCGGGCCUGCAGGCGCAUGAAAAGUCGGUGCACAAGCCGUCCAUCCUAGCCCACAUCCGUGCGAUCACUGCCCAUAUGCCGCCCACGGCCCCGCAGCAGACGCAGCAGAUGCACGAAAAGGCCCCGCAAGGACCAGCGCAUCAGGCCUUUGGAGGUACAGGCUUGCAGGCGCAUACGGAAUUGCAGCAGUCUCCACCGUCCUAUCGCGUGCAACUGCCGCCAGCACAACAAGGCCGCGCGCGUCCAUCGGCUCCUCUGGUCUAUCCUAUUGCAACGCUUCUUAAAACACGUCCUGCUGCAACUCCUUCGCCACCACGCCGUGCGUCAACUAAGCCUCCUCCUCAGCAUUAUGCUCCCGCAAAUGCUCCCCGUGGACCAGCGGGUGCGGCUACGCGAGGCUCUUCUAAACCUCCAUCGAAGCCGUUCGCAGAAGCCACACAGAAACUCCAAGAGAUAUCAUCACGCACCACCGACCUACAGCUACCUGACCGUCCCAAAUACAACCUCCAGGGCGAGAUUGCCUACAACGAUCAUAUCUGGCAUGGUGUAGCGUUUGAGCAUCAUGAUAUAUUGCUCAAAGCACUUUACUGGCGAUGCCACGUGUCUAUUGCGGAUCGAAAGACUAAAUCGAUCCCUAGCGCAUUCGAUGACGCGCAUUCCAAUGAUGGCCAGGAAGACUCCGCCUUUGAGCUCUCCCCUGCACCGGCUCAUGGAGUACAGAAGCAAACAGCGGUCACACUGGCCUGUCACAAGGUCAUUGUCGAGGGUGGCAUGAACGAGAUUGUUCUCCUUUCAGUGCUUGACUUCUUCACGGGAGAAGUCCUUCUGAAUCAUCUCGUGCUCCCGGAAGACCACGUCGAGAAUUGGCGCACUAGGAUCACUGGUUUCAAGGAGAAGACCAUUCCGGACGCUGUUGAAGCUGGUUAUGCUGUGCUGGACGGAUGGAAGGCGGCUAGGCAAGCUCUGUGGCUACUCAUCGAUGCUAGCACGGUUAUUGUCGGUUACCAGCUCCGGGAGACUUUAGAUGCGCUGAGAAUGAUCCAUGGCUGUGGGGUGGAUGGAGCUAUUCUGGUCCAGGAAGCAGCGGGUACUAGCCUAAGCAAGAAGGAGUUGCGACUCGAAAACCUUUCGCGCGAUCUUCUUGGCCAAGAACUCAAGAGCGACAACGAAGCCGGGCGCGAUUGUCUCGAGAUUGCGUUCGCGGCCCGAGAAUUUGUCAUUUGGAGCACGAAGAACAAGGAGCAGCUGGUCAAGUGGGGCAAAGCAAAGGCUGUUGGGGGGGAUGAGGAGGCAGAGCUGAUUCGAAAGCUCAAGGAGGAGCUGGCCGCCGAGUCUGAGGUACGCCAGGAGUCAUCGGCGGAGAAUGGAGAUGAAUUCACCUAGGCUACGGACAGAGGUGGAUUCCAAGGUGAGUCUAACAGGGCUGGAUGAUGUGGCUGCUAGGUGGGCGAAAAUGAGAGCCUGAAUGUCUCGACCGACCUACAGCUGUGGGGCGAUUGGCCGCGGGAUUUGGAGGGAGGGCCUGUUUGUUUUUUGUUUGUGCUUGGCGGAGUUGGAGGUAGCCCCUAAUUGUCCCCUAAUUCCAUGGAGGUGUAAGAUAGUAUGGAGAACUUGAUAGGACGGAAUAUGAAAGAUGCCCUCAAGCGUGCGCCUUCUUUGCGAGGCGUGAGACCGACACAGCGUUAGGAGAC